GUAGUAGGCGUAGCGUAAGCGGGUUUUUCUCGUCCCCUCCCCCCGCGUAAUGUCAGAUCCGCUGCAGAAGCGCGGAGGAGCCUGCAAGGAAGAAAGCGCAGCGCGGUGGCGGCUGACCUUCCCCAAAAUCUGCUGUCCUGGAAGAGGUGAGCUAAAGGUCAGGGCUGCUAUAGGCUUGCAAAAGAAGAUCGCCUUUCCCGGCGCGCUGGGGGAGAGGGUCCCUCCUCCUUCUUUUCUCUCUCUCUCUUUCUGUGUGUUUUUCGUGCAUGAAGAUCUUCAGUCCAAAAUAGCCCCCGUCUGCCGGCUUCCCAGUUGGAGAAGCGGGUUACGGAACAAAGGACAAGCAAAGGAGAGAAGGGGGGAAUCCCUGCUUGCAACAAGCCAAGGGCACCGUGGUUGGAGAGGAAAAUCAAGUACCGCCUGCUGCUGGUGAAAUUUUGCCCUAGGAGACAAGCGAAAUUAUAGACAAGGCGCGGGGGGGGGGGUGGAAACCGGAUCCGUCGUCUCAGCUCACUGUGCUGAGGACGGAGGAGGAGGCAGGAGGGGGAUCUUUAAAAAAAACAACCACCACCAAAACCCUCCACACCUAUACAGUCCAGAAGAGUAGCCCAGACAGGAUCCAGUUGCCGCUGGAGAAACUGAAGGUUAUUGUGGGAACAAGUGGCCUUCUGCAGCAGCGUGGCUGCAUGAGUGGGCGGAGGUAAAGGGUGGUUGGUGGCGGCGGCAAUUGUGGUGUUUCCCCUCCUUUCCAGCGUGGGAUUAAAUGGCCACGACCGUGCAGCUUUGAUGACUGUGGAGAGGCAGCUCGAAUGCUGCCCACAGCAGCAGCGUCACCGACGGCUCUGGUGAAAGGAGGCGUCGGAGCUGCGGCGGAGGCGAGGGCAGGUGGCAGACUCCUGCAAGAAGCAUCAUCCGCGCUGCGUGUCUCUCUUCCCCCACCCGGGCUCCCUCCCCUUCUCCCACCAACCCUCUUCGUGCCGCCCGAAGGUGUGGGUGGCUGGCUUCGCUAUAGCUAGCUCGGACGAAUAGUGGAUCUUCCUCCCCCCGCCCCCGCCCCACCAAGCCGCAAUUCCCCCGCGCUCCGGCAACGACCCCAAGUGGUUUGGAGCAUGGCUACUCUGCUCCGGAAAAUCGGGCUCAUCCGGAUCCACAACAGGGACACGGAGGAUCCCAAGCACCACCACCACCACCACCAUCACCACCGCGGCAGCAUCCAGCAGGGCUCCUCGUUGCGGGGCAAAAGCAACCAGAAGAACAAGCAGCAGCAGCAGCAGCAGCAGCAAGGCACGCCGGCCAGCGGCUGCGGCAGCCCCAGCAAAGAGAGCUGCAGCAGCAGAGGCAACAGUCCCGCGCGCAGUAAGCCCAGGAAGGUGCUGGAGCUGGCCAAGCAACCGCAGCAACAGCAACACCACGCGGGCCCCGACGGCGCCAAGGAAAAAGCGCAACAGCCGCUCGGCGGCAGCAAAGAGGCGGGCUUGGGCAAGGAGCAGCCCUCGGGGGGUAGCGGCGGCCGCUCCAAUUCCGCUUUGGUGCCCGCAUCGUUGGUGCCGGCCAGCCGGCAGGCGCACUGCACGCAAGUGCGCACCCGACGGCUGAUGAAGGAGCUGCAGGACAUCGCCCGCCUGAGCGACCGCUUCAUCUCGGUGGAGCUGGUGGACGAGAGCCUCUUCGACUGGAACGUGAAGCUGCACCAGGUGGACAAGGACUCGGUGCUGUGGCAGGACAUGAAGGAGACCAACACCGAGUACAUCCUCCUCAACCUCACCUUCCCGGACAACUUCCCCUUCGCGCCGCCCUUCAUGCGGGUGCUCAGCCCCCGCUUGGAGAACGGCUACGUCCUGGACGGCGGAGCCAUCUGCAUGGAGCUGCUCACGCCCCGAGGCUGGUCCAGCGCCUACACCGUCGAGGCUGUCAUGCGCCAGUUUGCUGCCAGCCUUGUCAAGGGCCAGGGCCGCAUCUGCAGAAAAGCUGGAAAAUCAAAAAAGUCCUUCAGCCGUAAGGAAGCUGAAGCAACUUUUAAGAGCUUGGUCAAGACCCAUGAAAAAUACGGGUGGGUCACUCCUCCUGUGUCCGAUGGCUGAUGCUAGUUGCAGCCUGCGCAUCAGACACUAAAUAAAACAACACAACAAAAAAGUACUCUUUGACAUUUCCUCAAUGCUGUAUACCACAUCCAUCCUUUUUUUCUACUUCAGCUUCUGUUAGAUAUCAUGAAUGUCAUGGAGACGUCCAAAUUAUUUAUGAGCAGAUCUGUUUACAGGGGUGGGGUGGGGGAGGCUGUAUAAGGUUAUAUUUUGAAACUGGUGAAUGAGCGAUCGAUCGUCUUUAAGUCACUUUAGAGCAGAUGUUGAGAUUGUAUCACUUGCCCCCAUCCCACCCCACCCUACUCUUCCAUGCAAGCCACAUUGUCGCCUGCUUCUUCCCAUGGCACAGCAGCACCAACCGGCGGUACUGGAAAUUCCGUCUAUUGUUGCUUAGUUCAUUUACAUGUAAAAUGAAGCUGUUAAUAUUUAAAUAGUGAAGCAGUGCAUUGCAGAUCUAUGUUUGCUGUGCUGUUUUUAAAAUGUGUUUUCAAGCAGGUCAACUUAACUUGAAGAUCUGUUUUUCUGUGGAGCUGUGGUCUGCUGUGGCUAAAUUUUUAGACCUCAUCUGUGCUCUUUAAUAUGAACUUUGGUUCAGAAUAAAACAACAACAGAAUCCUAGCAAAGACACAAGCUCUAGUACUGAAAAAGAGCACCCAGUUGCUCAAAACAUGCUAGCUAUGGUGAUAUUGUGGUGUGCUGUUGUUCAGCGAUUAAACCAGUGUGAUCACAUGAAGGUCAGGUGACAAAGGCUUGGGGUACCAAAUGUGCCCAUGCCAGGGGGGAUGCCAAGGGAUUGGUGACUGAAUAGUGUCUGUCUUCCCAAUAAGACCAGGUACUUUUAGAACAGCAUAUUAAUCGAUCCACUAAUGCGACAGCCAAAAAAGACAGAGACACACACACAAUGCAGAAGACAUUACUUUAAAUAUAUGGUACUUAGUUCAAAAUGUUGGACCAGUUACAAAAGAAAAGUCAGAUUAUCAAAAACUAAGGCAUUUCUAUUACUAUUUGCAUGCCUGGAUUUCCCCCCAUAACAUGUUAUGUACUUUCAACCCAAUGUUGGAGAGAAUUGGUUAAUAUAUAAAUGCCCAGCAGGGUCACUAAGGAUUCAUGUUCCCUCUUCUAUUAAACAGGUUUGUAAGACUUCAUAUAAUGUUCCUAAGAAUACAAAGGAUGAGUUUGAAAAUGUGGAACCCAAAUGGAAAAUUGUGUUGGACACAUUCUAAAUAAAAUCAACCAAACCAUUUGAUUAAUUGCCUUGACAUUUCAGUCAUUCUGUUCUAAGAUCUCCUGUGUAACACUAGAAAUCUUAGCAAUAUAUUUUGAGUACUCUUGCAGCAUAUUGGGUGAAGACACCGGGACAUUAUUGAUCAUAAAACACAGUGAAGGUUUUUUUAAAAAGGAAUCCUAAGCAUGUUUACUAAUAAGUCCUGUAGCAGUGGUGAAUCCUAUGGAGUUCAAUGGGACUUAUUCCCUGGUAAGGUUGCUUGACACCUGAGUCUAGUUUUCCAUCACACACCACACACAAGACCAGUCUUUAGAGACAUGGGUGAAAGAAAGAAUCCGUCUAUGCAUACAGGGCUUGGUUUGUUGUUGUCACUAUUGCUGAAGAGAGAAGCCACUGAUCCAUUUUUAAAAGGACACGUUUCUUCAGCAGGGGCAGUGCUACUGUGAUUAUAUAAUCAAGCAAAGUUCCAGCUGAACAGUCAGUCUCCCCAAGCAUAUGACUUCCUUUUGGAGCCUUGCCCAACUUUCUGGCUACAUUUUAGUCAAGAACAUCAUUUACCGUACCUUGUAAGGAUUACGUGUGUUGUAUGCACAGUGCACAUUAGGGAAAGCUUUAUAGAGUAGAAAACAAAUGUACACAUACGAACAAACAGGACUCGUUGCUAGUAUAAUGCUGUUGUAGCAAAGGGUGCUGGUGGUAAAUAUCAAGGCUUGAUUUAAAGCAGAGCUCAGCCCUUCAUGCUAUUUUUAAUUCAAUGGCUCAUCUCUGGAGCAUGGGACAUUAUAAGAAGCAUUUCCCUGAUGAUGCACCUUGUGGUGUAAGCUAGAUGAGUGUGUAAAUGUUAGCCUUUGUCCAGGGAUCCAUGUGUCUGAGCCUUUCAGUAAAAAUAUAGGUAGAUAAAUUGUAUACAUUUGUUUGUGCAUGAGAAGAAGAUCUCCAAGUAGAGAGCAGGAAAAUGAAGCACCUAUUCCAAUUUAUGCUUUUGUUUCAGGGGUGAAAAGGCAUGCUAUUUUGCUGAGGAUUUCUAUGUACAUACAGACUUCCUUCCCCCACCCUCUGAAAUGUUUCAAAUAAAGAUAAGUGUACCCAAACA